ACACACACACAGACACACACAGAGAGAGAGGAGAGAGGGGGGAAGCGCACACGCGCACACUGGAGCUCACACACAUCUCCAUUCUCUUUCCUUCACACAGAGAGGGGCGCGCGCGCACACACACACGCCACGCGCGCACACACACACUCACCGUGGCUCGCUCUUCCCGCGCUCCAGCCGAGCUUCGCCGCCUUCCCUUCGCUCUCUCGCGGACUCCUUCCUCUCCCCUCCGCGCUCCAAGAGCUCUUCGACAUCCUCGGCCGAGGCUAUAGCUUGCAAGGGAGAGCUUGUACAGCUAUCCCCCUCCACCUCUCCACCUCAGCCGCUGUCCUUCCCUCAGGUACUUGAGAGUCGGAGGGAGGGAGAAGAAGAAGGCGGCGAAAAGAAGAGAACGAGACCAAGCCGAUUGACAACCACCACCAAGAUCCAAAGCCCGCCAACAAAUCUGCAAUAGGGCAGCUGGAUCUCUUUGAGUUUGCUUUCUGGGCUCAUCUCCUUCGCCGGGUCUGUCUCCGCUGUUGGGUUGAGACACUUUAUUCCCAAGUGAAACAACACAAGAAAACCUCUGCUUUCCAGCCAAGUCCAUUGCCCCCGCCCGCCCGCCACCCUUCUUUCCUGCAGUCUCUGGUCGGGGGCUUUGGCUGCCCUCCCCCUUCUUUUUAUAUGUGGUUGGAUUUGGUGGAUCUGAGAGAAGCCAUCCUUUGGCCGUGCUGAGCCUCCCUCCCCCUCUCUCUGCUGCGGGUUUUUCUUUUUUUCUUUCCCCCCUUCCCUUCCCCUUUUCUCCCUCCCCCUCAGCAGCCCUCUUCUUCUUCUGCUUUUGGUUUUUUGGAUGCGCGCUGAGGAAAAUGGGCAACGGCGCUUCCGCCCGAAGGGGAACCUCUCCAUGCCUGCUUUUGGGACGUGUGCCUGUGGCGGUGGGGUCUUCUUAGAGAAAUAGCCUGCCUGCUUUCGGAGUGGAAGGCCAAAUGACAUAGGAUGAAGGCUGUUCGUAAUUUGCUGAUUUAUAUAUUUUCCACCUAUCUACUGGUUAUGUUUGGAUUUAAUGCUGCCCAAGACUUCUGGUGUUCAACGCUGGUGAAGGGGGUCAUUUAUGGAUCGUAUUCUGUAAGCGAAAUGUUUCCCAAAAACUUUACAAACUGCACUUGGACGCUGGAAAACCCAGAUCCAACCAAAUAUAGUAUUUACCUGAAAUUUUCCAAAAAGGACUUCAGCUGCUCUAACUUUUCACUGUUGGCUUAUCAGUUCGAUCAUUUUUCCCAUGAGAAAAUUAAGGAUCUCUUAAAGAAUAACCAUUCUAUAAUGCAACUCUGUGAUUCCAAGAAUGCUUUUGUAUUUCUGCAGUACGAUAAGAAUUUCAUUCAGAUUCGCCGGGUCUACCCCUUCGAUUUCAUAGGAUUAUACAAAAAGGAAGAUGAUCAAAAGUCUUUCUUUGAAUUUUUGGUGUUGAACAAGGUGAGCCCAAGCCAGUUUGGUUGUCACGUAUUAUGCACUUGGCUGGAGAGCUGCUUGAAAUCUGAGAAUGGGAGAACAGAGUCCUGUGGGAUCAUGUAUACAAAAUGCACCUGCCCUCAGCACUUGGGAGAAUGGGGGGGAGAUGACCACUCCCUGGUCUUGCUCAAUAAUGUAGUGCUGCCCCUUAAUGAGCAGACUGAAGGCUGCCUCACACAGGAGCUGCAAACCACCCAGGUCUGCAAUCUCACCAGGGAAGCCAAGCGACCACCGAAGGAAGAAUUUGGAAUGAUGGGAGAUCAUACAAUUAAAAGUCAGCGACCUCGAUCUGUUCAUGAGAAAAGGGUCCCUCAGGAACAAGCUGAUGCUGCUAAAUUUAUGGCACAAACUGGUGAAUCUGGUGUGGAAGAGUGGGCCCAGUGGAGUACAUGUUCAGUUACUUGUGGUCAAGGGUCGCAGGUGCGAACCAGAACUUGUGUAUCACCUUACGGGACACACUGCAGCGGCCCUUUAAGAGAAUCAAGGGUUUGCAAUAACACUGCCCUCUGUCCAGUACAUGGAGUUUGGGAGGAGUGGUCACCUUGGAGUUUGUGCUCAUUCACAUGUGGUCGAGGCCAAAGAACUAGAACAAGGUCAUGUAUACCUCCCCAGUAUGGGGGAAGAUCAUGUGAUGGACCUGAAACACAGCAUAAGCCUUGCAAUAUUGCUCUUUGCCCUGUUGAUGGACAAUGGCAAGAGUGGAGCGCUUGGAGCCAGUGCUCGGUGACCUGUUCCAAUGGCACACAGCAGAGGAGUCGGCAGUGCACAGCAGCUGCUCAUGGAGGCUCAGAGUGCAGAGGCCCAUGGGCUGAAAGCAGGGAGUGUUACAAUCCUGAAUGUACAGCUAAUGGUCAGUGGAAUCACUGGGGUCACUGGAGUGGGUGUUCCAAGUCAUGUGAUGGUGGCUGGGAGAAGAGGAUACGGAUAUGCCAAGGAGCAGCUGUUACGGGGCAGCAAUGUGAAGGAAGCGGAGAGGAAGUUAGACGGUGUAGUGAGCAGCGGUGCCCAGCACCUUAUGAAAUAUGCCCUGAAGAUUAUUUGAUAACGAUGGUCUGGAAAAGGACCCCAGCAGGGGACCUCGCAUUCAAUCGGUGUCCUCUUAAUGCUACAGGCACCACUAGCAGACGCUGCUCUCUCAGUCUUCAUGGAGUGGCCUUCUGGGAACAACCUAGCUUUGCUAGAUGCAUAUCAAAUGAGUACAGACACUUGCAGCAUUCAAUUAAAGAACAUCUUGCAAAAGGACAGAGGACGCUGGCAGGUGAAGGAAUGUCUCAGGUGACGAAGACCCUUCUGGAUUUAACUCAGAGGAAGAAUUUUUAUGCCGGGGAUCUCUUGGUUUCUGUGGAAAUUCUCAGAAAUGUUACAGAUACAUUUAAAAGAGCAAGCUACAUUCCAGCUUCUGAUGGUGUCCAGAACUUCUUUCAAAUAGUUAGUAACCUUCUGGAUGAAGAGAACAAAGAGAAAUGGGAAGACGCACAGCAGAUCUAUCCAGGCUCAAUAGAACUAAUGCAGGUGAUUGAAGAUUUUAUACACAUUGUUGGAAUGGGGAUGAUGGACUUUCAGAAUUCAUACUUAAUGACUGGAAAUGUAGUGGCCAGCAUUCAGAAGCUUCCUGCGGCAUCUGUCCUCACAGACAUCAAUUUCCCCAUGAAAGGAAGGAAAGGAAUGGUCGACUGGGCACGAAACUCAGAAGACAGGGUUGUCAUUCCAAAAAACAUCUUCACCCCUAUGUCAACAGAUCUAGAUGAAUCCACCGUAUUUGUGCUUGGAGCAGUACUAUACAAAAAUUUAGAACUGAUUUUACCCACCUUAAGAAAUUAUACAGUUAUAAAUUCCAAAAUCAUUGUGGUCACCAUAAGGCCUGAGCCCAAAACAUCUGAUUCCUUUCUAGAGAUAGAGUUAGCUCAUUUGGCUAAUGGCACAUUGAAUCCCUAUUGUGCACUAUGGGAUGAUUCAAAAAUGAACGACUCUCUGGGAACCUGGUCCACCCAGGGAUGUAAAACUGUGCUUACCGAUGCAUCCCAUACAAAAUGCUUAUGUGAUCGCCUCUCUACCUUCGCCAUUUUGGCUCAGCAACCUAGAGAAAUAAUCAUGGAAUCAUCUGGUGCUCCCUCAGUAACCCUUAUAGUAGGCAGCGGCCUUUCAUGCCUGGCUUUGAUCACCCUAGCAGUUGUCUAUGCAGCACUAUGGAGAUACAUCAGAUCUGAGAGGUCAAUAAUUCUAAUUAAUUUCUGCCUGUCUAUUAUCUCAUCAAAUAUUCUUAUACUGGUUGGACAAACGCAGACACAUAAUAAGGGGAUCUGCACCACGACCACAGCAUUUUUACAUUUCUUCUUCUUAGCUUCAUUUUGUUGGGUUUUGACGGAAGCGUGGCAGUCUUACAUGGCUGUUACUGGAAAAAUUAGGACACGACUCAUAAGGAAACGCUUUUUAUGCCUUGGAUGGGGUCUACCAGCGUUGGUAGUGGCUAUAUCAAUAGGUUUUACCAAGACGAAAGGAUACGGAACCAGUAACUAUUGCUGGCUCUCUCUCGAAGGAGGACUUCUCUAUGCUUUUGUUGGACCUGCAGCCGCUGUUGUCUUGGUCAACAUGGUGAUUGGCAUUCUGGUGUUUAAUAAACUUGUUUCCAGAGAUGGAAUCCUAGAUAAAAAACUCAAACACAGAGCGGGUCAGAUGAGUGAGCCUCAUAGCGGUUUGACGCUCAAAUGUGCCAAGUGUGGAGUAGUUUCAACAACAGCUUUGUCAGCCACCACCGCCAGUAAUGCCAUGGCAUCCCUUUGGAGUUCCUGUGUUGUGUUGCCUCUCCUGGCUCUGACUUGGAUGUCUGCGGUUCUGGCGAUGACUGACAAGAGAUCGAUAUUAUUUCAGAUACUCUUUGCUGUGUUUGAUUCGUUGCAGGGCUUCGUCAUUGUCAUGGUCCACUGCAUUCUCCGAAGGGAGGUUCAAGAUGCGUUUAGAUGCCGUUUAAGAAACUGCCAGGAUCCAAUCAAUGCAGAUUCUUCAAGUUCGUUUCCUAAUGGACAUGCUCAAAUCAUGACAGAUUUUGAAAAAGAUGUGGACAUUGCCUGUCGAUCAGUUCUCCAUAAGGAUAUUGGACCCUGCAGAGCAGCUACAAUAACGGGAACCCUUUCUAGAAUUUCACUGAAUGAUGACGAAGAGGAGAAACCUGCCAACCCUGAAGGAAUGAGCUACUCAACGUUGCCUGGGAAUAUAAUUUCUAAAGUUAUCAUUCAGCAGUCUGGAGGCAUGCAUAUGCCCAUGAGCAUGAGUGAGCUGGCCAAUCAGUGUCUGAAAAAAGACAACACAGAGCUGCGGCGGACUGUGUAUUUAUGUACUGAUGACAACCUGAGAGGUGCAGAUAUGGACAUAGUCCACCCUCAGGACCGAAUGAUGGAGAGUGACUAUAUAGUCAUGCCCAGAGGCUCAGUGAAUGCGCAGACAUCUCUAAAGGAUGACAGCAAAUUGAAUCUAGGCAUGGAGACCUUGCCUCAUGAAAGGCUCUUGCACUACAAAGUUAAUCCUGAGUUUAGUAUGAACCCCAAUGUAAUGGACCAGUUCAGUAUGAAUUUAGAUCAACACCUCCCUACCCAGGAACACAUGCAGAACUUGCCUUUUGAACCUCGCACAGCAGUAAAGAAUUUCAUGGCUUCAGAGAUGGAUGAUAGCACAGGACUAGCAAGGAGUGAAACCGGAUCAACCAUAUCAAUGAGUUCUCUGGAGAGAAGAAAAUCACGCUAUUCUGACCUCGACUUUGAAAAGGUCAUGCAUACGAGGAAGAGGCACAUGGAAUUGUUUCAGGAAUUAAAUCAGAAAUUUCAGACACUAGACAGAUUUCGAGAUGUACCAAAAUCAGGCAGUAUGGAAAAUCCAACAGCAGCCAGCAAGGCUCCCUGGGACGCUUUCAAAAACACAAGUGACUACCCACAUUAUACCACAAUAAAUGUAUUAGAUACAGAGGCAAAAGAUGCUUUAGAACUAAGACCAUCAGAAUGGGAGAAGUGUCUGAACUUGCCUCUAGAUGUACAAGAAGGUGAUUUUCAAACGGAGGUUUAACGAAAGAGGAAACAAACUCAAGAGAAAGUGAGAUAUAGAACAAUUUUGUUUGCACUGACACUCAAGAGACUUGGGAAGCCUGACACGCCAAUCUGAACAUUGUGGCCGAGGCGUGUCAGCAUCUUCAUGUGCCAAAUGUCAGUGGUUUCUUUUCGUACGAUAUAUUCCCACUAGCAAAACUAGUGGAGAGCCCAGGUGUACAAUUCUUACCAUCGUGUCUUGUAAGUACCCGUGGAAUGGAUUUGUAAGGUAAAUCUUUAUAGAUAAACCUCAAGCAACGGUUCAUGUUGUAACAGCUUCAUCUGGUUUAGUUUUCAAAAAACUUCACCAUGAAGCACAAUGUAUAUAUUUAUGCAGUUUUUAAAGUUUAUAACAGUCUGUUUGGCCAUUACUACACUUUUUACUUUAUAAUAUAAAAAAGCAAAGUUUUGUCGUCAUUAAAUGAAUGUCUGUUGAGCUACAUUCUUCAUUGCUUUAAAUGCAAUAAAGUAAUAAUCUCACUUUUAUAUGAAUAAUAUAUUUCACAUCUUUAUUAUUGCAGUUUUCUCUGGAAAGCUCAGAGUAGCUUCUCCUGCUGCAGCUGUGUAUAAAAUAUUUAAAAUGUUGUAUGGUGUAAAUAAAC